AUGGGCUUCGAUUAUGCACUUGUUCAUCUCAAGUACACAAUUCCACCAGCAGUGCUCCUGACGCUGUUGUACCGUCCGCUCCUCACCAAGAUCGACGUCUACAAGGUCGCCUUCUUGGUAACAAUUGCUGUAGUUGCGACUAUUCCAUGGGACUCGUAUCUUAUCCGCAAUCGCAUCUGGAGCUAUCCCGACCAUGUCAUUAUUGGACCGACGCUCUUUGAUAUUCCCCUUGAGGAGGUCUUCUUCUUCGUUGUGCAAACAUACAACACCUCGCUGCUCUAUCUGGUACUCAGCAAACCAACAUUUCAGCCCGUCUACCUGUGCACGGAACGCGAUGAAUUACACGGAUCCUGGCGCUUGAAGAGGCUCAUUGGCCAGGCCAUUUUGCUUGGCGCAAUUGCGUGGGGUUGGUUUUGUGUUCGGGAACGAGGCCUAGGAACAUAUACUGGCCUUAUACUUAUCUGGGCAGGGCCCUUCUUGCUGCUCCUAUGGAGUCUGGCAUAUCAGUUCAUCAUCGGUCUGCCUUUCACGAAUACACUAUUACCGAUUGUGCUACCUACGCUAUACCUCUGGAUUGUGGAUACGCUGGCCUUGCGUAGAGGUACAUGGGUCAUCAGCCCAGGAACCAAAUUUGGUGUGCAUCUCUGGGAUGGAUUGGAGAUUGAGGAAGCCUUGUUCUUCCUUCUCACAAACGUUCUCAUCGUGUUUGGACAGCUAGCGUUUGACAAUGCUCUCGCUGUUCUCUACGCCUUUCCACACUUGUUCCCUGAUCCAUCCCUGUUGCCAUCACCCGCGACACUGAUACGCUCACUACUCACUUCGUGCGCACAGUAUGAUGAAGCGCGUCUUACUGGUUUUCGGGAGGCUGUCUCCCGCUUGAAGCGCAAGAGCCGUAGUUUCUACCUCGCCUCAUCCACAUUCCAGGGUCCGUUGCGAAUGGACCUUUUGUUGCUCUAUUCCUUCUGUCGCGUUGCGGAUGAUCUCGUAGAUAAUGCUGCGACUACCGAAGAGGCAAGACAAUGGAUCGCUAAGCUGCACAAGUUCUUGGACAACGUUUACAGAAAGGAUGUUGUAUGCUCGUCUGUGACCGAUCAGGUCCGCAAAGAGUUCCCACUGGACACGCAUUCCGCCCUUCUCCAACUUCCAUGUUGCAAGUUAUCCGCAGAACCACUGCGGGAUUUGCUGCGCGGAUUUGAGAUGGAUCUCGAGUUCAACAGUACCUCUCCAAUACAGAGUACUGAAGACUUGGUGCUGUACUCGGAGAGAGUAGCUGGUACCGUAGCCCAAAUGUGCAUCCAACUCAUCUUCCACCUGUACCCGAGUUCGCUUACCGCUGAAAAGCGACAUAAGGUUGUUGCCGCUGGAAACAGCAUGGGUGUUGCGUUGCAAUAUGUCAACAUUGCACGUGAUAUAGGCGUGGACGCAAAGAUUGGUCGUGUAUACCUACCGACCGAUUGGCUCUCGGAAGUAGGCUUGAACUGUGAUACGGUACUGAAGGAUCCCAAGGAUCCCCGCAUCGAGGCACUCCGCGGGCGACUGUUGGAUGAUGCCUUCUCGUUCUAUGAAGAGGCCAAACUCGCCAUCGCGCAGCUACCUAUCGAAGCACAGGGACCCAUUCGUGUUGCAGUCGAGAGCUACAUGGAGAUUGGGAGGACGUUGAAGCAAGAUGGCUUCAUUGUCAAGGCUGGGCGUGCAACUGUCCCGAAGUGGCGGAGAGUUUUGGUUGCAUGGAGGACCUUGAAUUGA